ACAGAAGACCUAAUAAACCAAUAGAAGAAAAACACCGACGCCACUAUCUGCAAAAUGUCGGCGCUCAAGAGAAAACGUGGGGGAAAUGGAAAGGGUCCCAAAACAGCAAAAAAAGUAAAAUUUGUCGAAAAUGGAACUGAAAAACAGCAGAACAUACCAGACCAGGAUCAGAAGAAUGAGUUUAGUGUCCCAGCUCCAGUUUCAGUGGGGAAGUGGAAGAACAAAGAACGUGUUCUUGUGUUCUCUUCGAGAGGCAUCAACUUCAGAACGAGGCACCUGAUGCAGGACCUUAGAACCAUGAUGCCUCACACGAAAGCAGAUACUAAAAUGGAUCGAAAGGAUAAACUUUUCGUUGUGAACGAGGUGUGUGAAAUCAAAAACUGCAACAAGUGUAUAUUUUUUGAAGCCAAAAAGAAACAGGACCUCUACAUGUGGAUAUCCAAUGUUCCCCAUGGACCAUCAGCCAAGUUCUUGGUUCAGAACAUUCAUACACUAGCGGAACUCAAAAUGACUGGAAACUGCCUGAAAGGAUCCAGACCACUGCUUUCUUUUGAUCCUAAAUUUGACAAGGAACCGCACUACGCAUUGCUGAAGGAGCUGUUCACCCAGAUAUUCUCUACUCCACAGUAUCACCCUAGGAGUCAGCCUUUUGUCGAUCACGUUUUCACAUUCACGAUCGCAGACAACAGGAUCUGGUUCAGGAACUACCAAAUAAUUGAAGAAGAUGCGUCCCUGGUCGAGAUCGGGCCUCGCUUUGUCCUCAACCUCAUCAAAAUAUUCCAGGGUAGCUUUGGUGGGCCCACCCUCUAUGAGAACCCACAUUUCCAGUCUCCUAAUAUGCACCGGAGAAUGAUUCGGCUGGCCACGGCCGCCAAACUGCGGGAGAAACAGAUGGUGAAGGAGCUGCAGAAAAUGAAAAGGUCGGAGGAGAAACCGGUAAUGACCAGAGACGUGACGGAUGAUGUAUUUGCAACGCCUUCUGUGGAAAAACCUGUCGUCAUCGAGCACGAUGCCCCGACUCCCAGAAAGGUGAAGAAGAAGAAGAAGGACAAGCAGUUCAAACGACAAAGGGUGCAGAAGCUGAAGAAGCUGUGAACCACAGGGCACCGUACGUGUUUAUUAAUGUGUGUUCCUUUUAUUGGAGCCUGGCCCCAGGACUGCUAUUCCAACAAAGUAGCCACCUCUCAAAAAUAUGAGCCCGGAAUAAAUUAAGCUUUUCUUUUUUCCUUUUUCUAUUUGGGUUGUAUCUCUCAUGAUGCCAGAAUUUCUGGAUGCAGCCGUCAAAAGUUGUAUUUGUACUGUUGUGUGUACCGUUAUGGAUGUCAAAUAAGACCCCUCUGCAUUGAACGGUA